AUGAGCUCAGCCAUCGACGUCUCCUCCGUCUGCGGCGAGGCCGCCAAAGGGCACGAGCGCGACAUAGUCGCCGUCUUCGUCAGGCUCGUCACCGCGGAAUGCUCGGCCGAGGAGGCGGCGGCGGACAUCGACAAGCUCUACCCCGUCGGCAGCACCGACGCGGCCGAAGAAUUUCUCUGGUCCUUCUGGACGCUGCUCGUCGCCACGGUCAAGAAGGUGCCGGCGACGAGCGAUCCGGACCGGAUGCAGCCCAUGGUCUCCAUGAUCGCACACCUCCGCUCCCUGCGGGAUGACGAGGUCGAGAUGUGGGGGCAGAAGACGCGCGUCUGGUCCGAGCUGCCCAUGCUCGGGCCCUGCAUGCGAGACGCGUGGAACAUGCGACCCAUGUUCACCGGCACCGAGGCCGAGACGGAGAGCAUCGCCGAGUGGAUCUCGCUCAACUCGUUCGCCGCCCGCGUCUUCGGCGCCAAGCUGCAGUCGUGGGACAACUUUGCCAUCUGGGAGAUGCGCUCGGGCCUCGAGGAGCCGCCGCGGGAGACGACGAGCGCCAAGGAUGCGAGCCUCGCGACGGCGUGCGAGUGGAUCGCCCACGCGGGCGAGGCGCUGCACGAGCAGGGCCGUCAGGGCCGCACCCUCGACGCCAUGGAGCAGCGGGCGCUGAAGCCGGGCACGCUGUUCAGGAGCGACAGGUCUGGCCUCGGCGACGAGCGCUGGCGCUUCUGGCGGGAGAGGAUCGGCCUCUUCGGCGCCGGCGCCGGCAGCGGGGAGCUCAAGGAGAGGGCGCGGAAGAUGGUGGAGAAGAUGGAGAGGCUCGAUUCCUCGUAG